CCUCCCCACCCCACCCCCUGCCCUGACCUCUACCAAAGUCAAAGAGCUGUGAGGAUGGCACACCUGCUGGGCAGCCAGGCCUGCAUGGAUAGCCUGCGCAAGGACCUCACCGACCUGCAGGGUGCCAUUGUGGAUGUGUUCUCCCGUGCUGGGCCUGUGCGCUUCCCCUCUUGGAAGUUCCCUGACCGUGUGGCCUGUGACCUCGACAUGGUGGCCCUGCUGGAACACUAUGACCAUGUGCCGGGGGACCCCGAGUUCACGCAACUAUCCCAUGCCGUGCUGCUGGAGCUGGUCAUCGACAGGCUCCUACUGCUGCUUCAGAGCUGCGCGAGCUACUUGGAGAACCUCAGCUCAGAGAAGAUGAUACCCCCGACUCGGGCCAUGGGGCCUUGCAUGUCCGUGGGGCUCACGGUUCAGCGUUUCUGGAACAGCCUGCUGAGGCUGGGCAUGCUCUACCAGCAGACGGCCUCCCAGAAAAGGACCAGCCAAGGGGAGACCCUCACCUCCAAGCCCACAGCCAAGGGUGAGCCAGCCAGGAGCCCUGAAUAUCUGCCUGUCAAGUUCAACAAGCUCCCCUGUCUGGUGCCAGGCUUGUCCCAGACCUGCCAAGAGCCAAAGAACAUUUCUGGAAGCGACUCCCUACAACGUCCAGCCAGAACUUCUGAGAACAUCAAGAGUGUCCAUUCCCAGACCGUGGAGACGGCCCUGGUGCCCUGCGAUGCAUGCACCAGCGUCCAGGGCAGCCUGCGGGAGGUGGGCAAGGUGGUCAUCAACCUGUGUCAGAGCCAGAACUUGCCCUCAUCCUUGGGCCAGUUCCACCAGUUGGUGCAGGACAGCAUCGGGCUGAGGCCGCUGCCGGCUGCCACCAUGAUCCACUGGGCCGCAGAGCAGAGCAAAGACCUGGCGCGCAUCAGCAAGCAUGUUGGGGCCCUCACCCAGCUCGUUGGGCCCCUGCGGGCGCAGCUGGAAGAAGCUGAGGGGCAGAAGGACAUGCUGAGGAAGCGUGUGGCUGAGCUGGGAGAGGCACUGCGGCAGGACAAAAAGGAGCUUCAGCAGCAGGCAGAGGAGGCCGAGCGGCACCUGGCCACGUGGGAGUGCGACAAGACGCAGCUCCUCGCAGAGACAAGUGCCCUAAAGACGCAGGUGGCCACCCUGGAGAAGGAGCUAAAGCAGCAGCAGGAGUCCACACAGGCCGCGGAGGCCAAGGCCCAGCAGCUGCUGGGGGAAGGCGAACGCAGGGCUGCGGCCGAGAGACAGGUGCAGCAGCUGGAAGAGCAGGUGCGGCUGCUGGCAGGACGGCUGGAUGGGGCCAGUCAGCAGAUCCACUGGGCCAGCACAGAGCUGGACAAGGAGAAGGCCCGUGUCGACAGCAUGGUCCGCCACCAGGAGUCCCUGCAGGCAAAACAGCGAACCCUGCUCCAGCAGCUGGACAGCCUGGACCAGGAGCGCGAGGAGCUGCGGGGCAGCCUGGAGGAGGCCGAGGCACAGCGAGCCCAGGCGGAGGUACAGCUACAGAGCCUGCAGAGCGACAGAGAGCAGUGGCAGUGCCAGCUCCAGGCCCAGCAGGAGCUGCUGCAGAGCCUGCAGCAAGAGAAACUGGACCUAGAACAGACAGCCACAGACCUGCAGCUGACCAUCUCGGAGCUGGAGCAGGAGCUUGGGGUGCUGAAGGAGAGGGAGCGGCUGCUGGUGGCCUUUCCAGACCUACACGGGCUGCUGGAGGCCCAGAUCCAAAGUUCUGGCAACGUCACCGAUGACAUGGAGAGACAGGUGCAGGCCAACGGCAUCCGCAUCCGAGUUCUGCAGGAGGAGAACCAGCGGCUCGAGUCGAUGUUGUCCAAAAUCCAGGAGGUGGCCCAGCAGGGCGGCCUCAAGCUGAUCCCGCAGGACCAGCUGCAAACCCCUCCAGGCAAGGGCACCCAGAGCCCGAGAGCAUCCCCAGGGCCCCUGGGCAGGCGGCACCUUCCUGGCAGUAGGGUGGGCAGCGCAAGCAGGACCCUACCAUGCCAGGCCCGAGUGUCCCCACCGCGGCAACCCAGCAGCCAGCCCAGCAAGUCCUCCCUGGAAGAUGGGACCCACUUGGCAAUCUGCACCAGGAACCCCAUCCGGGCCUUGGUCAGGCUGAGGAGGAAACUCUCACCAAGCCAAGGCCAGGUCGGCUCUUCUUACCCAGGAACAACCCAGGAACGACCCAUGUAACCUGCAGCAGCAGGGGUGGAGGCUGGGGGCAGGGGCUGGCAACACCCCCUGCUCCUCCCGCAAGGUAAU